AUGGCAUCCGGCAGUCGCUUCAUCAUUAAGCAAGCUGCUGUCCCAAAUCUCCUGCUUGGUAUCGCUGCAGCUGGAGGGGUCUACGCAGCUUACUCAUAUCUGCAAGGAUCUACAUCUUCUCAGCCUCGAAAGAUGUUUGGCGGAGUUGCGGGCAGUCUCACACUUCAAGAAACGGAGAAUAUUAAUCAUAAUACUAAGAGAUUGCGUUUCGCAUUUCCAAAUGCGCAGGAUGAGACUGGGCUGACGGUCGUUUCAUCCGUGUUGACGUUGUCAUGGCCCAAGGGAAGCCUGACACCCGCCAUACGACCAUAUACACCAGUGAGCGAUCUCUCAAAACCUGGCUUUAUCGACCUCAUGGUCAAAAAAUACCCCGGCGGCAAAGUCAGCACACACCUACACUCCCUCCAACCUGGCGACUCACUCUUCUUUGCAUUCGGCAUCAAAGCCUAUCCCUGGACCCCAAACAAACAUAACCACGUAACUCUCAUCGCCGGCGGUGCUGGUAUCACACCACUUUACCAACUCAUACAAGGAGUUUUGGAUAACCCUGAAGAUCGCACGAAGAUGACGCUUGUUUUUGGAGUGAACACGGAGCGUGAUCUCCUGCUACGAGAGGAGUUUGAGACUUACCAAAGGAAGUUUCCGGAUCGUUUCGAGAUUGUGUAUACUGUCUCGCAGCCUGAUGAAGGGUCUUCGGUCCGAAAGGGACAUGUUACCAAAGAGCUCUUGAACGAGGUAUUGCCUGUGCGAACAGAUAAAGUAUUUGUUUGCGGACCUCCUGCUAUGGAGAACGCCUUGACUGGAAAAGGACGGGGAGAAUUGGGCAUUUUGGGAGAGCUGGGGUACAGGAAAGAUCAGAUUUUUAAGUUUUAA